CUCCGGAUCCUUCUCUCGGGAUCUUGCGGUUAGGAAUAAACUUCGGUUUUUCUUUUAUUUUCCAGCGGUAAAAAACAUCGGACAGACAAGAGUCAGUCACAAGUCGCAAUUCAUAACUGCGGCAAUAACUCCUCGAACCGCGCCGGACAACCCAUUUUCCAUUUCGGCUCGUCACAUCGCCGGAGAAGAUGGAGAAGCCUCUGCUCAGAGGUGAAGGCAGCGGCCUUCGGCGCCCUCGCGGUCCAUUCCCCGGCUUCAAACACCGCUCCGAUGCCAUCACCUCCGGCACUCCUUAUCAGAAAGCCGCUGCACUCGUCGAUUUGGCGGAAGAUGGCAUUGGGUUACCAGAGCAGAUACUGGAUCAAUCAAACUUUCAGAGCGCCGCUAAGUACUACUUCCUUUACUUUCGUUUCAGCUUCCUUUGGGCCCUCCUCUAUUUCGCCCUCAUCGUACUCAACUUCCUCGAGAAACCUCUGUGGUGCUAUAGGUACACCGACACUGUCUAUACAUGUAGUGACAGAGACUACUUCUAUCUUGGCCAAUUUCCAUACUUGAAUUCUCUGGAGUCUCUUAUUUAUGAGGGAAUAACACUCAUUGUACUCAUAGUGCACAUUUUCUUUCCAAUUUCAUAUGAGGGUUUCUAUUGGAAAAAUCCUCUUACCAUAUUUAAGGUCACAUGCCUACUGAUUUUGGUUGCUGAUAUGCUGGUUUAUGCUCUCUAUGUGUCUUCGGUGGCCUUUGAUUCCCUUCCUUUCAGGAUUGCACCAUACAUCAGAGUUAUCUUUUUCAUAUUGAAUUUCAGGGAAUUGCGGUCAUGCAUGCUCAUCCUGGCUGGAAUGCUUGGAACGUACUUGAACAUCUUGGCUCUAGGGAUUUUAUUUCUUCUGUUUUCCAGUUGGUUGGCCUAUGUCAUGUUUGAAGAUACCAAGCAGGAAACAGUAUUUACUUCGUAUGGUAUUACAUUGUAUCAGAUGUUUGUUUUAUUCACCACAUCCAACAAUCCAGAUGUCUGGAUACCUGCCUACAAGGCUUCACGUUGGUAUUCCUUGUUUUUUGUUCUCUACGUGCUGCUGGGAGUUUACUUUGUCACUAACUUGAUUCUUGCUGUUGUGUACGAUAGCUUCAAAAAUCAGCUUGUAAAGCAAGUUUCUGAGAUGGACCAGACGAGGAAAGCUAUACUAAAGAAAGCCUUCAAUUUAUUAGACAAGGCUAAUGUAGGGUAUCUCAAUAAGGAUGAGUGUAUUCAACUAUUUGAGGAACUAGAUAAAUACAGGACUUUGCCAAAAAUGACAAGAGAGGAAUUUGAGCUGAUAUUUGAUGAGCUGGAUGACAGUGGAGACUUCAAGAUCAACUUAGAAGAAUUCUUUGAUCUUUGCAAUGCCAUUGCCCUAAAAUUCCCGAAGGAGGAUACUCCCUCUCUGCUUGAAAAGUUCCCUACAUUCUACCAUUCAUUGUUCUCCGAAAAGUUGAAGGCCUUCAUACGGAGUCCCAUAUUUGGAUACAUAAUAUCCUUCAUACUCAUACUCAACCUGGCUACCGUUAUUGUAGAAACAACGCUUGAUAUAGAAAACAGUACUGCUCAAGAGGUAUGGCAAGUGGCGGAGUUUGUUUUUGGGUGGGUAUAUGUACUGGAAAUGGCUCUGAAAGUCUAUUCUUUUGGAUUUGAGAACUAUUGGAGGGAUGGCCAAAAUCGCUUUGAUUUUGUGGUGACAUGGAUAAUAGUUAUUGGGGAAACUAUAACUUUUGUGGCUCCUGAAGGACUAACUUUUCUUUCAAAUGGAGAAUGGAUUCGCUACCUUCUCAUUGCAAGAAUGUUAAGAUUGAUUAGGCUCCUGAUGCAUAUCCAGCGCUACCGGGCAUUUGUUGCUACCUUCUUAGCCCUCAUACCGAGUUUGAUGCCAUACCUUGGAACCAUAUUCUGUGUCUUGUGUAUCUAUUGUAUACUUGGUGUACAGAUAUUCGGUGGAAUGGUGAAUGAUGGAAAUACCUCUUUGGAAGGAUCUGAGCUUUAUGAGAAUGAUUACUUACUUUUCAACUUCAAUGACUACCCCAAUGGGAUGGUAACACUUUUCAAUUUGCUAGUCAUGGGAAACUGGCAAGUGUGGAUGGAGAGUUAUCAGGAAUUAACAGGAACUUGGUGGAGCAUUAUAUAUUUUGUCAGCUUUUAUCUUAUAACCAUCUUGCUGCUAUUGAAUUUGGUCGUGGCUUUUGUCCUGGAGGCUUUCUUUGCUGAAAUGGAUCUUGAGUUAUCAGAAGAAAGUGAAGAAAAUGGGAAGGAAGAGGAAGGAGUAAAAGAUCGACGUCGACCCUUGGGCUCCAAAACUCGGAGCCAGAGAAUUGAUGUUCUUCUUCACCAUAUGCUGAGUUCAGAGCUAACUGAGACACAACCCUCCAAUGGAGCAUAGAGCUUCCUUCUUUCCAUCAAGAUUGUCUUUGUGGAGCUAGAAAACGGUGUUGGAAAUAUCAUCGAAGCGAGCAGCCAUUGUCUUACGAUCCUCCAACUGGACUAAAUUCAAAUCAUUUUGGAAGUGAGACAUUGCUGGAUUGGAAUACACAGUUGUUGCUCAUGCACUAUGUUUUGGCCGUUGAGGUUCGAUCAAUCAGUGAUUUUACCACGCAUCUGUUUCUGGUAAAUAAUUUAGUUCUUUCAUUACAAUUUUUGCUUCUGGAUAUGCUUGCCUUUCAUCAAAUUUGUAUUGUUAAUUGAUUGUACAAAUGUAACCACGAAAAGGUAAUCGAGCCUAUCAAUGGCAUCGCCUGUACAUUCAUAUAUUUUUAAGACUUGUAAAUUGUAAUGAGUUAAUCAGCCAACGAUCCUUGGCGUCUUAACAUUUUUAUCUUUAA